AUGGAAGUCGACAUGAAUGUCAAAGAACUUUUGGUCAUAGGGUAUUCCAAUAUAUUGAUACACAAAGUCCAAGGGGAAUGGUCCACCAAAAUUGUCAAAAUCCUUCCAUACUUGCACUGGGUGAAGGAGUCAUGGAAGAAGUUCAGAAAGAUUGAGUUCAAGCACGUCCCCAGGAUUCAGAAUGAGUUCGCUAACGCCCUUGCAACUUUAUCAUCUAUGAUUCAGCAUCCAAAUAAGAACUACAUCAACCCUAUCGAUAUAGAGAUCAGGGAUCAACAUGCAUAUUGCUUCCACGUAUAUGAAGAGCCAGAUGGUAAGCCAUGGUAUCACGGUAUCAGGAAAUUCCUUGCAACCAGAGAAUACCCAAAAAAUGCUACUAAUGGUCAAAAGCGAGCCCUCAGAAGAUUGGCGAACCAGUUUUUCCUCAAUGGGGAUGUCAUGUAUAAGAGGACCCCAGAUUUAGGUUUGUUGAGAUGUGUAGAUGCUGCCGAGGCAACCAUGUUACUGGAAGAAAUACAUGCAGGAACAUGA